AUGGCUCCCAAGGGAACGACCAAGGCCGCGGCGCCCAAGAAGGCCGCUGCUGCCACCGCCAAGUCUGCCCCCAAGGCGACGACAACCAAGAAGGCUGCCGCCGCGGCGCCCAAGCCCGCCGUCAACGGCACAUCGGCCGCGUCCAAGAAGCGCAAGGCUGACGACGACGAGCCCGCCGAUGGUGAGUCCAGCGAGGACGUGCCCAAGACGAAGAAGGCCAAGACGACCAAGGAGCCUGUCAAGAAGGUGGCUGCCGUCAAGAAGACGACCACCACAACCAGCAAGGCCAAGGCUGCUGCUGCUCCUGCUCCUGCCAAGAAGGAGGCUGCUGCUCCUGUUGUCAAAAAGGUCGCGAAGAAGUCCGCUACACCCAAGAGUGAUGUCGAGAGCGCUUCCGAGUCGGAGCCCGAGAAGGAGGCUCCUAAGAAGGCUGAGCCCAAGAAGGCCGCCGCCGCCACCAAGAAGGCCGAGCCCAAGAAGGCCGCGCCCAAGAAGGCCGCCGUCACAAAGGCCGCGCCCAAGGCUGCGAGCAAGCGCAAGGCCACCGAGGAGCCGACCGAUGACGAGUCUGACAGCAAGAAGACCAAGAAUGCCGUCAAGCCCAAGAAGGAGGCCAAGCCCAAGGCCCAGCCCAAGCCUGCCGCGCCCCCCAAGCACCCCCACACUGUCGGCCGCAAGAUCAACGAUGCCCCUACGACCCUGCUCGACGUGUACGUCUUUGGCGAGGGCUCUUCCGGUGAGCUCGGCCUCGGCAGCAAGAAGCACGACGGCAAAAAGCCCAUCGACGUGAAGCGUCCUCGCAUCAACCACAACCUCGCCCGCACGCCCUCCAGCGACGGUAUCCUCGGCUUCAACCACGACAUCAAGAUCCAGAUGACACCGCUGUACAUCCCCGAGCUCAAGUCGAUCAAGGCUCUCGCCGCCGGGUCCAACCAUAUCCUCGCCCUGGAGAACAAGGGCAACGUCCUCGCCUGGGGCUGUGGCCAGCAAAACCAGCUCGGCCGCCGCAUCAUCGAGCGCAACAAGAUGUCCUCCCUCGUGCCCCAGGGCAUGGGCAUCCCCAAGAAGAACAUUGAGAAGAUUGCCUGUGGACAGUACCACAGCUUCGCCCUCGACACCAAGGGCCGCGUCUACGCCUGGGGUCUCAACAACUUUGCCGAGACGGGCAUCCGCGAGGGCGCCGGCGAGGAUGACGCCGUCAUUCUGCGUCCCACAAUUGUCGACUCUCUUGAGGAGCAUAAGAUUGUGGACAUUGCUGGUGGUCAGCACCACUCCCUGGCCUGCACCGAAGACGGCAAGCUCCUGACGUGGGGCCGCUUCGACGGCUUCCAGGUUGGUUUCGCCGAGAGCGCCGUGUCCGAGGACGACCUCAUCCGCGACGAGAGCAACAAUGCUCGCAUUCUGGCCGUGCCCACUGUCGUUCCUUCCCCUGAGGGAGUCGUCCGCGUCGCCGCCGGCACCGACAACAACUUCGCUAUCACCAAGGACGGCAAGGCCUACUCGUGGGGUUUCUCGUCCAACUACCAGACGGGCCAGGGCACCAUUGAAGAUGUUGAGGCGCCCACGCUCAUCGACAACACGGCCGUCCGCGGGCAGAAGCUCGUGUCUGCCGGCGCGGGUGGCCAGUUUUCCAUCCUGUGCGGUGUGCCAGCCGAGUCUUCGUAA